AUGCCUGCCCCAACGACCUCCUACCUCACUCCUCAGACGACGGAGAUCUCCAACUCCCGUCUGAGGCUGUUGAACAAGAUCAAAGCCGGAGAAUACCCACUCUUGACCUUCAUGGCGCUUCCCUCCGUGCGCAUGGCUCAAAUAGUCGCCUUAACAGGUGUCGACGGCAUCAUCAUUGACUGUGAGCAUGGCCACAUCGGCGACGACUCAAUGCACAAUUCCGUCUCUGCGAUUUCAGCACUCGGCGUCUCACCCGUCAUUCGAAUCCGUGGCCCAGCCCACGACAUCAUCAAACGAGCUCUCGACACCGGCGCCCAUGGGAUCAUGGUCCCGCAGAUCAACAACGCCGAAGAGGCGCGACAAAUCGUUGCGUCAGCGAAGUUUCCACCCCAGGGAGUGCGCGGUCAAGGAUCGGCCUUUCCCGCCAUCGCGCAUGGCCUAACAACACCCGAGUACAUGCUCUCUGCCAACGAGACGAUCAUCACAAUGAUCCAGAUCGAGACCCGCGAUGGAGUCGAGAAUGUGGAUGCCAUAUGCUCCGUGCCGGGUGUUGAUCUUGUCUUCAUUGGACCCAAUGACCUGGCGCAAUCGCUGCUUGGGUAUGUGCCUGCGCGCGGCGAUGAACCAGAGUUUGUGGCGGCCGUGGACAAGAUCAUUGCGGCGGCGCGCAAGCAUGGAAAAUGGGCUGGAAGAAUGGUGAAUAAUGGAACGAUGGCGAAGGAGGCGAGGGAGCGUUAUGAUAUGGUCGCUAUCACGGGUGAUACGAAGGCUAUUCAGAACUGGUAUAUGGCGGAGUUUGAGAUUGCUCGGUCGUGA